AUGUCAAAGCAAAUCUCUGCAGCAUUUUUCAACCCUCAGUCACGUGCACCGACCCCUGAAUACCUCAGCGGACUGUACUCUUUCCUCAGCCAUCACCCUCACGGCAAGACCCUCCUUUCGCACGUGGCCACCCUGGGAACCAUAUGGCCUAUAUGGGCUGCCGCGAGAGAGGAAGUGCGCACUCUUCCUAAUGGCCUGCCGUACCUGAACGUGCUUGUGGACUGGGCCAAGGGUGGGCCCUCCGCGCCUGUUUCUGAAGCGAGAAGCGGCGUGGUCGCACUCCCUUUACUUACUAUCCUGCAGUUGGGCCAAUACUUUCGCUAUCUUGAGUUCAACGGCCUCUCGCAUGCCCAAUUCAUCAGCCAAACCCGCGAUGCAGGAGGUAUCCAAGGCUGCUGUGGGGGCGAGCCUCCAGCUCUGUCUAUCGCCCUCGCCAAAGACGAAGCUCAGGUCGUUGAAAACGCCGCCGUCUUUCUUCGCCUGCUGGUGGGAGUCGGGGCUUACAUUGAGGCAAUGGAUGAUUGGACUUCAUCGGAGCCUACCAUUAUCGCAAUUCGACUCAAGCAUGAAGGAAUGGGUGAUGAACUUAUGCGGAAGUUCCCUGGAACGUAUGUCUCAGCCAUCACAGAACCCAAGUCGCUUAGUUUCGUGGGCUCUGCGGACGCUAUUGCCCGGCUCUACGAUUACUGCUGUGAGCAAGGUCUACCAGCCGACAAAAUGGAUGUUACCGGAAAGGCACACAACCCGGAAAACUCCUACCUCGUUCCAGAGUUUCUCGAUGUGCUCACGCAGAAUCCGUCCCUUUUCAAGAUACCGGAUAUGAGUAAACUUCAGGUGACAGUACGAUCGAAUCGAACCGGAGAGAAGCUUUCGGAUGAUUCCAUCAUAGAAGAUUUGAUUAUCAUGAUGCUUGCGGCGUGCUGCGAUUGGUAUGCUCUGCUAUCACGGGUAGCGGAGGACAUGAAGGCUUCAGGACGACCAUCUCAUCACAUGGUAAUCUUCGGACUCAACGAUAGUGUCCCGCUUUCCCCAUUCAAUAAGCAACGCUUGAAGAUCUCCAAAUUCAAAGCCCAUGAACUCAUUACGGAGAUCUCAGGCAGCCAACCAUUUCCAUCCGCAAGAACCCACCGUGCGUCUAUCAAUCCUUCUACUUUCCCGAAUACUGCCAUUGCAAUUGUAGGAGUGGCGUGCCGUUUACCUGGUGCAAAUAACCUCGAAGAGCUUUGGGAAUUCAUUUCCAAAGGUGGCGAUGCUCAUCAGGAACUCCCAAAGGACAGAAUAGACCCUGGUCGAAACUUCCGACUAUCGCAAGAUAGCUCUAUGGGGAAGAAUAGGUUUUUUGGAAACUUUCUCUCCGAUAUAAAAAGAUUCGAUAAUUCGGUCUUUGGUAUCAAUCCCAAGGAAGCUGCUAGCCUGGACCCUCAGAUGCGGAUGCUUUUGGAGCUGUCCUACGAAGCACUGGAAUCGAGUGGCUACCUUUCAUCACACGUUCGCAACGCAGAGGAUGCUGUCGGGUGCUUCAUCGGAAGUAGCUUGAACGAAUACCACGAGAAUACAUCCUCUCAUGCCCCUUCAGCGUACACUGCAACCGGCACAAUACGCGCUUUCCUUUGCGGUAGGCUUAGCUAUCAAUACGGCUGGCAAGCUCCUUCGGAAGUCAUUGACACUGCAUGUUCAUCAUCCUUGGUCGCUGUCAAUCGAGCGUGUCAUGCGAUCAAGAAUGGAGAAUGCGAUAUGGCCAUAGCAGGUGGAGCAAAUGCUCUCACUACCAUGACAAACUUUCUCGACUUGGGCAAAGCUGGGUUCCUAAGCACAACCGGACAAUGCAAACCUUUUGAUGCCUCAGCAGAUGGGUAUUGUCGUGCUGAGGGCGCAGGAUUGGUGGUCUUGAAAAAGUUGAGUCAGGCUAUCGACGCUGGCGAUGAAAUAUUUGGCGUCAUUCCAAGCAUUGCGACAAAUCAAGGCGGCACAUCUACCUCUCUCACGGUUCCUUCUGCUCCUGCCUUGAAGACUCUAUAUCAAAAUAUUCUUCGAAAAGCCGGCUUGGAGCCUUCUCAAGUGUCCUAUAUAGAAACCCACGGAACGGGUACCCAGGCAGGUGACCCUAUCGAAAUGGACAGUAUUCGGUCGGUUUUCGGGAGCGCAUCUCGCUCAGUCCCUCUUUCCAUUGGAUCUAUCAAGGGCAACAUUGGCCACUGCGAGGCCGCCGCCGGCGUUGCAGGCCUUCUCAAGGUACUGGCCAUGAUAAAGUACGGAGGCAUCCCACCACAAGCAAAUCACAAUCGGUUGAAUCCUAAAAUUCCACCGAUCGGACCCGACGGUAUGGAGAUCAAUCGGAGCCUGAGAAGCUGGGAUGUGCCACUGCGCACUGCUAUGGUCAAUAGCUAUGGAGCCGGAGGAUCGAAUUGCGCGCUACUGUGCUGUGAGCUGCCGCCAGGCCGAACAGUAGCUACAAGACCACAGCACCCAGGAGUAUCCUAUCCCGUGAUCAUAAGCGCAGCUUCUAGGGCUUCUCUCAUCUCUAAUGCUCGAGCUGUUGCUGCCUAUCUGUCAAAGAAUGUGUCGCAGGUCGAAUUGGCAAACAUUUCUUUCUCGCUACAGCGAAGGAAACGACAUCGAUUUUGUUUUGAUACAUUCCCGGCAGAUGUACCAAGUCUAAUCCGCGUUCUCGACUCUAUCGAAUCUCCCACUUUUGAGUAUCCAAACAAGUCUAAGCCCGUAGUACUUGUUUUGAGCGGUCAAUACGAUUCGAAAGUAGCUCUGGAUCGCGGCAUGUACGAACUUUAUCCUAUUUUCCGGUCUUAUAUUGACGCGUGCGACUCCGAAAUCGUUCAACUUGGAUAUCCAUCUAUUCUUGGUCCAAUAUUCCAGACGACGCCCAUCGCCAGCGCUCUUUCUCUGCAAUGUAGCAUAUUUGCAGUGCAAUAUGCCUGUGCCCGUUGCUGGAUCGAUUCUGGACUGAAACCCGAUGCCAUUAUUGGCCACAGUUUCGGUGAGCUCGUAGCCUUAGCUGUAUCUGGGGCGCUAUCACUGCCCGAGUGUCUCAAUUUGGUCGCCUUUCGAUCUCAUCUCGUUGACUCUCGAUGGGGAGCCGAAAAGGGAGCAAUGCUCGCUAUUCACAGUGGCCUGAACGAAGUCCAAAAAUUGGCCUCCUGGUUAGAUUCGAACUCCCCGGGCGCCAAACUAGAAGUCGCUUGUUAUAACGCGUCUGCUUCUACCGUGGUCGCUGGAGUGUCAUCCACGAUCGAUAUGGCAGAACGUGUUCUUUCAACUGAGGCAGAUUUUGUCGGACUUAAGUUUCAGCGACUCUCGACUACUCACGCCUUCCAUUCAUUUCUCACGGAGCCCAUUUUGCCCGAGUUGGAGGAACUAUCCACUAGCCUGAAGUGGAACCAGCCGACCAUACCGCUAGAAACUUGUACUAUCGAAGGCCUGUCAUCCAUGCGAGACUGGUCACUUUCCAGACAUGCCCGAGAGCCGGUAUACUUUGUCAAGGCAAUCGAACGAGUCGAGCAGCGCUUGGGUUCGUGUGUCUUCAUUGAAGCUGGCCUGUCUACUCCUGCUAUACCUAUGACCAGAAGAGCCUGUACGAGUUCGAUUGCUCAUACCUUCCAAGCGGUGAGCACCAAAAGUAGAGAGAAUCCAUGGGAUUGCGUUGGUGCCGUAGUUUCCGAUCUAUGGCGAUGCGGUAUCUCUGUAUCGCACUGGGCUUUCCUGGGUGCAUCCUCGCCUGACGUUAGGCAAUUAUGGCUUCCACCAUAUCAAUUUGAGAAGCAUCAGCACUGGAUCGAAAACAUAGAUAGAGCCAUGGAGGCACAGCAGAGGUUGCUAGCCAAUCCUCCGAGCAUCGAAACGAAAGACAACGUAACUUCGCCUCCCGUGCCUCGACUUGUCCUCAAGAAAGAAUCCCCUGGUUCAGAUCCCCGCAUCGUAGACUUCUCCAUCAACACCAACUCCGAAAGAUUUCGGAAAGUCGUCACUGGCCACGCUGUGCUUCAGCAACCUCUGUGCCCGGCACCAAUGCAUCUGGAAUGCUGCACUAUGGCAAUUCAAAUCCUGAUCGGUGAUGUUGAAGCACAGAACCUCACCUUUGAAGAUCUGCAAUUCCAGGCCGCACUCGGAUUAGAUCCUGCACGUGAAGUCGAGCUUCGUUUAGAGGAGUUGGUUUCCAAACGAUCCUGGAAGUUUACGGUCCGCUCGACACUUCGAGGGUCUAAAACGGUGCAUUGUAUUGGGACAGCCUCUCUAUCGCAAAACAUGGCUCUCGCCACAUACGGACGGCUCGUGGAAAGCACUAUCAACCGAUUGGAGAAUUGCGAGACUGUCGAGCGGCUCAUGUCUAACCGUGCAUACGGGCUGUUCAGGAAGGUCAUGGAGUACGCACCAUACUUCAAGGGUAUCACCUCAAUUGCGGUCGACAGAAACGAAGCUCUUGCGGCUGUCAAGCUUCCUGAAGGACAGCCAGGCCGUGAUGAGAGCACUUCUUGGCAACGUUGUGAUGCCGUACUCAUCGAUGCCUUCAUCUCUGGUAUUGGGCUACUCCUGAAUACCAGUGAAUCUGCAUCAGAAGACGAAGUUCUGAUAGCCGUGGGCAUUGAGCGCGUAGUACUUACUCCAGACUGUCAGAUGGGUACCCCACACGAUUGGCUCGUGUACUCAAAGUUCAUGUUUACCGAAGGCACCCAGCCUAUUGGCGAUGUCUUUGUCUGCUCUGCCAAGCGCGAAGUGGUGGCAAUGAUGGCUGGCGUCCAAUUUGCGAAGUUGGACAUGUCGAAAUUCAGAAAGUCCCUCAUGUCUGCGAAUUCGAGUAUUUCCCCACGCCAAGUGCAACAUUCUGCGCCUCAGGUGCCGCACUCGGACCAGCGACAGUUAACUACUGUAGAUGUUUCCAGCUCCGGAACAACUUCCACGCUUGGAGGCCCCACCCCUUCCGAAGGGGAUGUUGAUACCGGAAUAAAGGAAAUCAUUUCGAAUUUCACUGGCUUACACCGAGCGGACAUACCUCCGGAUUCCGUGCUUGUCGAUCUAGGCAUUGAUUCACUAUCAACAAUCGAAUUUGCCGCAGAGAUUCAUCAAACCUUCGGGAUCGAAUUGCUUCCGGAGGAACUUGGCUCUAUGACUCUUAAUGACCUUAACCAACGAUUGGGAAACAGCGCUCGGAGGGAGAACCAGCCACGCGGUGAUUCAAAUACUCAAGUUGACACAGGUAACGCAAAUGGGGCUGAAGUCGAUACCGGAAGCAUGAUACGCGAGAUCAUUUCGAAUUUCACGGGCCUCCACCCAGCUGAUAUUCCUCUGGAUACUGUGCUUGUUGAUCUAGGGAUUGAUUCGUUAUCGACGAUAGAGUUUGCGACCGAGUUCCAUCAAACCUUUGGACUCGAACUUCGUCCAGAGGACCUUGGUGACCUGAGCUUAGACGAUCUCAUCCGACGGCUAGGGAAGGACUCGUCCAAUGUAGCCCCUGCUCAAAAUACCGCCAAUCCUGCAGCUACCAGCGAUAGGUUGUCGUCGCCACAUACGACGUCACACAACCCAUUUGAUGCGCUGCUGGAUACUGAUUUCCAUUUUGAAGAAGCGGCCAAUCGACGUGGCUAUGCCAACUACCAUUCCAAGGUCUUCCAAGUGGAACGCGAUUUGACUUUGGCGUAUAUUUUGGAGGCCUUCCAGACGCUUGGCGUUGACGUUUUGACCGUUUCUCCUGGAAGCGUCAUUCCUCCAGUACCUCACAUACCAAAGCACAACACGCUGAUGUCCAGGCUCUGGGAAAUUCUUCAAAGCCAUGGUAUAGCUGCAAAGCAUGCUAGCAUAAUAAUCCGAGGUCGAGCAACGCCUAAAAUUGGGACAUCCACGGAAAUAUACGAGGCCAUGACCGCACAGUUCCCGCUCUACAUACCGGAAGCCAAGGCAAUGAAACUAAUGGGGGAAAAGCUGGCACCAUGCCUCAAGGGCGACCAGGACCCACUUUCGCUCAUGUUUGGGACUCCAACUUCGAACAAGAUCAUGGAAGACUAUUAUAGCAUAUCGCCAAUGGUAUCUACCCUGACAGACCAGUUAGUGACCUUCAUCACCACAUUAUGUCGCAAGUGGAAGGGCAAAGGGGAUGGGCCUCUACGUAUCUUGGAAGUUGGAGCUGGGACCGGAGGAACUACUGUCAGACUAAUAGAGAGCCUACAAGCGGCUGGCAUCACACGCCUCGAAUACACCUUCACGGACAUUGCAGGCCGCAUGGUUUCCAAAGCGAAAGCUAAGCUGGGCAAAUUCCCUGGGAUGAGCUUCGAAAUCUUCGAUUUGGAGAAAGAGGUGAAGAGCACGUUCCGUAAUCGGUUCGAUAUCGUCAUUGGCACCAAUUGCGUUCAUGCUACGACAAGCCGGCUUGCGUCCUGUCGUAGACUCUGGGAGACUCUGAAUGAGAAUGGGGUCGUUGUACUUUCAGAGGGAACCCAGCCGCUAGACUGGUUCGACAUAUGUUUCGGACUCCUCGACGGGUGGUGGCUUGCCGAGAAUGGGACAGAAUAUCCUCUUCAGCCUGCGUCCAAGUGGAUGGAGACUUUCCAAGCAGCUGGAUUCCUGUCCAGUAGCUUCUCGGGUGGGCUCACGCAGGAGGCCUUUACGCAACAGCUGCUGGUUGCAUCCAAGGCGAAGUGGCCGGUUCGACUCCCUAUCAGCCCUGUGCCGACUUCAAUCGAUCUCCAAAGCGACUCAUAUCGGCUUGAAACUAUGGUAUAUAAAGAGGCAAAUGGUGUUCGAAUCCAUGCGGAUGUGUACGUUCCCAGACAAGUCAGGGCAUCGCCUCUCCCAAUUGCACUUAUGAUACAUGGCGGAGGCUUCAUGAUGCUCUCUCGGAAACAAGUGCGUCCAGCCCAGACGAAACAUCUUAUCUCCCGUGGCUUUCUACCGGUGAGCAUUGACUACCGCCUUUGCCCCGAAGUAAACAUGAUCGAUGGCCCCAUGGCCGAUGUACGGGAUGGAUAUCGAUGGGUGCGGGAAAAACUUGCAUCAGAUCUUCGUGAACGCACGAAGAUUUCCGUGGACAAUGAGCGAAUCGUGGUCGUAGGAUGGUCGACAGGUGGGCACUUGGCCAUGUCCACUGGGUGGACGACAAGAGAGGCUGGUAUCCCGCCACCGACAGCCAUUCUGAGCUUCUACGCACCGGUAGAUUUUGAAUCAGGAGAAUUGGAUCCACACGUCAGGUCGAAAGCCCCUCAGCCGCGACUCAACAAUACAAAGCGCAUAUUGGAUACGCUCCCCCAAACUCCGAUAACAAACUAUGACACAAAGGACGGCGAGGAUACCCCGUUCUUUGGGUUGCAGCCUGGUGACCCUCGCUCUGAUUUACUCUUGUCGGCAACCCAAGACGGUACCGCCCUCGCGUUGCUUCUCAAUGGCCGCACACCGAGCAACGGCCGCGACUGCUUUGCAGCUCCGUCGCCUUCUAGCGUGGCCGCUAUCAGUCCGCUGGCGCAAGCCCGCCAGGGCAAUUACAACACGCCGACGUAUAUCAUACACAGCCCUGGCGAUGAGGUUGCGCCAUUUGCCGGUGCGGAGCGUUUGAUCGAGGAGCUGAAGAUGCAGGGGGUCGAGUGCGGUCUCUUGCGAGUGGAUGGUGCCAGCCACCUGCAUGACUUGCAUCUUCGGCCUGGGAUGGAGGGAUGGGAGGAGCAUGUUGUUCCGGGCUAUACUUUUUUGAAGGAAGCAGUGUCAUCUUUUGAGUUUGCGGUAUGAGCACGAAUGGUCCAUCACUAGUACUACGUCAACGAUUUUAUGCGCGUUC